UUAUUUUCUCCGCUUAACCAACUUCACCAUGGAUCCUUCUUCAUCUGCUUUUUCUCGCGAACUAUUGCACGUUUUCUGGCACGAGGGCAUGCUUAGCCACGACGCCGGCACCGGAAUCUUUGACACAGGCCAGGAUCCUGGCUUCCUGGAGGUGUUGGAGAAGCAUCCAGAGAACGCAGAUCGAGUGAAAAACAUGGUCUCCAUCCUCCGCAAGGGUCCAAUCUCUCCAUACAUCUCCUGGCAUUCCGGAAGACCUGCCCAGAUUUCCGAGCUCCUCUCCUUCCACACAUCCGAAUACAUAGGUGAACUUAUCCAGGCUGAUAAGGAAGGUGCUAAAGAACUAUGUUCGGGUACUUUUCUAAAUCGUGGUUCAUGGGGUGCUUGUCUUCUUGCUGCUGGAACCACUUUAGAAGCUAUGAAGUAUGUGCUUGACGGUCAUGGGAAGCUUGCUUAUGCAUUAGUGCGGCCACCUGGUCAUCAUGCGCAGCCCAGUCGUGCUGAUGGCUACUGUUUUCUGAACAAUGCUGGUAUAGCUGUUCAACUUGCUCUUGACUCUGGCUGCCAAAAGGUUGUGGUAAUUGACGUUGAUGUCCAUUAUGGAAAUGGUACGGCAGAGGGUUUCUAUCGCUCGAACAAGGUUCUCACGAUUUCCCUUCAUAUGAAUCAUGGUUCUUGGGGACCAUCACAUCCUCAAAGUGGAGACAUUGAUGAAGCUGGUGAAGGUGAUGGGUUUGGAUACAACCUAAACAUACCUUUACCCAAUGGAACAGGUGAUGAGGGGUACGUUUAUGCAAUGAAUAAGUUGGUUGUUCCAGCUGUUCAAGAGUUUAAGCCUGGUGUUGUCAUUUUGGUUGUCGGGCAAGAUUCAAGUGCGUUUGAUCCAAAUGGAAGGCAAUGCUUGACCAUGGCUGGUUUUAGGCUGAUUGGCCAACUAUCCCGCCUUCUAUCUGAUCAGCACUCCAAUGGGCGUCUAUUGGUUGUUCAAGAAGGCGGUUACCAUGUUACAUACUCGGCAUAUUGCCUCCAUGCAACGCUUGAAGGUGUUCUAAAUCUUCCAGAUCCUCUUUUGGCAGAUCCUAUUGCUUACUACCCUGAAGACAAAGGCUUCACUGUUGAAGUUGUUAAUAGUAUUAAGCAGCACUGGAAAGAUAACAUCCCAUUCUUGAAGGAAAUUUGAGUAGCUCCACUCCAGUAGUAUCUCCUCUGAUGAUUGGAAUUGAUGUGGCGGACUUGAUCCUUGCAUUAUCUGUGGAAUUAAACAACAAAAUUUUCUGUGGUGUUCUUCUGUGAUUACCAUGUAAGGGAACUCCAAUAUAUUAGAUAUGCAGUUUUGCAAGUUUUAUAUGAAGAGUUAUAUGACAUGAAUAUAUUGUUUGGUUGUACAUCUAUGCUUUGUGAUGCAGUAGAUCGGCGGAAGAGAACCAGCUAGAAGAGACAAGGAACCAAAUACAAGCUCAAAGGCUUCAAAAGUUAUAAUAUUCAUCAUUAAUUGAGCCACAAGACUCCUUACAUCACCUAUGUGUAACUUUGUAAUAGAACAAUUUAAAAAUAGGUAGUUUUGUACUAUAACUAAAAAUGUAAUUUGGAAGUGAAAAGCAACAAAAACAAAUAGGAAUUAUAAGACAAGAAAGGGUAUGCUAAUCCCUAAGCAUAUUAUAACUAAGAUAUUCAAAUCAUACUCCCCUUGCAUCAGAAAAGUUUGACUCCAUCGAGAUAUUAUCGAGAUGGUGGUAGAUGUUGAUAUUACAAUUAGUCCUCCUAGAUCGAAAAUUAGAUGUUUUCGAGACUUAACAUAACCUCCAUCAGAAAGAUCAAUCCCUCCAAUAAAGCUCAUGACACAACACAACGAGCAUUUCUUGGACAAAAAAAAAAAAAAAAAA